GCUCGGGAUUGGUCCGGAGAGCGACAGAGGGCCGGGAAAGACCUCUAUAUAUUCCUCAGAGGGAAAGGCAGUCCCAGAUAGUUUUGAAGUUUUCCAAGACUCGCUCUGCUGUUAAGAAUUUGUGCUCAAAGCUGAGGAGCUAAGCCACUUGCCAAAAUGUGCAAAGGACUUGCAGCUUUGCCCCACUCAUGCCUGGAAAGGGCCAAGGAGAUUAAGAUCAAGUUGGGAAUUCUUCUCCAGAAGCCAGACUCGGCUAUUGACCUUGUCAUUCCAUAUAAUGAGAAGCCGGAGAAACCAGCCAAGACCCAGAAACCCUCGCUGGAUGAGGUUCUGCAGUGGCGUGAGUCCCUGGACAAGCUCCUGCAGAACAACUAUGGACUUGCCAGCUUCAAAAGUUUCCUGAAAUCAGAAUUCAGUGAGGAAAACCUUGAGUUCUGGAUUGCCUGUGAGAAUUACAAGAAGAUCAAGUCCGCCGACAAGAUGGCUGAGAAGGCAAAGAAAAUUUACGAAGAAUUCAUCCAAGCGGAGGCUCCUAAGGAGGUGAAUAUUGAUCACUUCACGAAGGACAUCACAAUGAAGAACCUGGUGGAACCUUCCCUGAGCAGCUUUGAUGUGGCCCAGAAAAGAAUCCACGCCCUGAUGGAAAAGGAUUCACUGCCUCGCUUUGUGCGCUCUGAGUUUUAUCAGGAGUUAAUCAAGUAGCAAUUUGGUCUGGCUAUGAGAAUCAUCCUGAGAGUUAUUUCCUCCAGAAUAACCCUGCAUUUUCCAGCAACCUACCUAUCUUCCCAUAGCAGCUUUGCUCAAAGAUACCCCAACAGGGAAAAUCCCAGGGA